AUGCAGGAACAAAUCAAGAAAGAGAAGGAUUAUUGGAAGCAAGUCUUGAUAAGAAUAUUGUCUCUUGUUAAAACUCUUGCCAAGAAUAAUUUGGCUUUCCGUGGAGAUGUCGACAAGAUUGGCGAAGCACAUAACGCAUCUACUAAGCGUAGGCAAGUGUAUCAAGAAAAGGUUGGUGGUCUCACAGUUAAAGCAUUGUCAGAUACGCGAUGGGAAAGCCAUAUUGAGGCUAUUAGAGCAAUAAGAUUUCAAUCUCCCAAAAUUCAAGAGGCUUUACUUUACUUGUCAGAAUCCAGUGAGUUUACUGCCGAAACUAGAGCUGAAGCUUCUUCCCUGUUAGAGUAUGAAUUUAAAAAUUUUGAAUUUGUACUUGGAAUGAUUGUUUGGCACCAUCUAAUGCUUGUGGUUAAUUCAGUUAGUAAGUUGCUUCAAAAUAAGGAUAUGCAUCUCGAUACUGCCGUGAAGAGAUUUAAAGAUCUUGUUUCUUUCAUUGACAACUAUAGAAAUACUGGAUUUGAGAAUUCGUUGAUUGAAGCUAAAGCGGUCGCCGCAACAAUGGGGAUUGAACCUCAUUUUCCAGAAAAACGCAUAAUUAAAAGAACAAGACAUUUUGAUGAUGAAAGUGCACCCGAAGAAGCACCACCAUCAGGUAAAGAUUCCUUUGAAGUUAAUUAUUUCAAUUACAUAUUAGAUCAAGCUAUAUCUUCACUCACUAGUAGAUUUGAACAAUUUCGAGAGUUCGCAGAAAUUUUUGGAUUCUUAUAUAAUGUUGAUCAGUUGCGUUCUCUUGAUGAUAAUAUCUUAUUGGAUUCUUGUAUCAAUCUUGAAAAUCAUCUUAAGCAUGGUAUGAGUUCCGACAUUAAUGGGCAUGACUUAUAUGCAGAAUUAAAACUUUUAAAAAGUUAUCUGCCAGCCGAAACUGGUAAAACAAUUGAUGUAUUGAAUUUCUUAAAGGAUAUGGAAGGUUGCUACCCGAAUGCGUUUAUUGCAUACUUGUUGACAAUUUCAGUUACAGUCGCCUCGGCUGAACGAAGUUUUUCGAAGUUGAAGUUAAUCAAAAAUUAUCUUCGGUCGACGAUGUCACAAGAAAGGUUGAAUGGGUUAGCAAUGUUGUCUAUUGAGAUUGGGAUGUUAGAUAAUAUUGAUUUUGAAAGUAUACUUGAAGAUUUCGCGUCGGAAAGAGCGGGAAGAUCCGCUUUUAUCAUGAGAUAA